ACAAUGAACUUGAAAACAAUCCCUUCAAAGAAGCCCAAAUUUAUUUAGUCUAUGGGGUAUUCUAUAUCCCAUGGUUAAAAUUGAUAAUCAGCCAGCAAUAAGUGUAACUUAAGAGGUGGGUGUAGCUACAUAGAAAGACAGUCAAAUAGAACCAUGCCAAAGUCGCUGUCAUUAAAACAAUGAAAUAAUGGAAUAUGCUAAAACAUGGAUGAGUCUUGAAAACAAUAUGCUAAGUGAGCAAAGUCAGACACAAAAGGCCACAUAUUGUAUGAUUCCAUUUAUAAGAAAUAUCCUGAAGAGCUGAAUCUAUAGAGUCAGAAAACAGGUUAGUGGUUCCUUUGGAGCGAGGGAAUGGGGUGAUAUUGGAGUGAUAAAUAAAGGAUAAGGAUUUAGAACUGUUCCAAAAUUGACUUUGGUGCUGACGGCACAUAUCCAUGAAUAUACUAAGCCAAAAACCAAACCCAUUGCUGUCAAGUCAAUUCCAACUCAAAGCAACCCUAUAGGACAGAGUUGGCCUGUCCUGUAGGGUUUCCAAGGAGCAGCUGGUGGAUUCGAACCGCUGACCUUUUGGUUAGCAACCAUAGCUCUUGACCGCUGCACCACCUAAUUGUACAGUUUAAAUGGAUGAAUUGCAUGGUAUAUGAAUUAUAUCUUCAUGUAUCUGUCCAGCAACAACAACGAUAACAAAUAUAGGGGGAAAUAAGAAAGAAUAAUCUGAGUGUCUGCUGGAACUGGGUUUUCGGUGUCGCUACUCUGACCCAGCUGUGUGUCUGGUGCUUAGUGUUUCCCCUUAGCAAAGGGAACUGUGUUUUUGUCAUCCCCCAAAUAGCAGCUCAGCUGAGCAGAGAAGCCAGUUCUCUGCGACCAGCCCACAGGUGGGCUCCUUCCCUUGGUUCUAAGGCUAGGCCUCUGGUUUGGGUUCACAAGCUUAUGACAGCCACUCAUAGGUAGGUAUGGUUUGUCUUUUUCUGCUUCCUGUCUCACCUAGCAGGGUGUGCUGGUGGGUCAGAGCUCCGCCCCUUUAAGGUCCCUCUGAUGCUUACUGAGGACAAUUGUUGCCUGGUUACAUUGUUACAUAGGGGACAGCCAUCCUUGUAAAGGCCGCAGCAGGCCCUGGGCCAUGUGAAAGGACGACAGCUUCAUGGGCUGAGGAUGGGAUAUUCUUGAGGAUUGGGCACAGCCUGCUAGCUCCACCUGGGGGACAAACUGAACACUGCGGAAUCCCGUGGCUUUUGAGCUUCAGAGGUGGGUGUUGUGUCAAAAAGUAGUCCAAGUGUUCUGUCUUUAUUUUGGUGAAGCUCAGAAGAUUCUGCUGUAGACAUGUUUAAUCGACAUAUAUUAGAUACUCCAGCUGUGAUUUUUGACAAUGGGUCUGGACUGUGCAAAGCAGGCUUGUCUGGAGUGAUUAGACCCACUCACGUUAUCGACUCUGCUGUGGGGUAUCCAAAAUUGGACUUGUGUUCAGAUGGCUUCAAAGAGAAUGCAUACUAUGUGGGGGAAGAUACCCUGUCCAAGUAUGAUACCCUACACCUGCACUACCCCAUUGUGCGUGGCCUUGUCAUGGGCUGGGAGGACGCAGAGAAGCUCUGGCAUCACAUUUUUGAGUGCGAACUAGGUGUGGAACCCAGUGCCCAGCCCGUCCUCAUGACUGAGCCUUCCUUGAACCCAAGGGAGAUUCGUGAAAAGAUGGCAGAGGUAAUGUUUGAGACCUUCAACGUUCCCGCCUUCUAUCUGUGUAACCAAGCAGUUUUAUCACUCUAUGCCUAUGGCUGCGUCACGGGCCUCGUGGUGGACAGUGGAGAUGGGGUCACUUGCACUGUCCCUGUCUUGGAUGGUUACCCCCAAGCUCAUGCCGUGAACAAGCUCUUUGUGGCAGGGAGGGACCUCACAGAAUACCUCACCCAGCUCCUCCUGUCCAGCAGGCGUGUCCGCCCCAGCAUACUCAACAGGUGCUUGGUGGACAACAUUAAAGAGAAGCUGUGCUAUGUGGCUGUUGACAUAGAGAAGGAGCUAAGCAAGAGGCCACAGGAGGUUCUGAAAGAAUACAAAUUGCCAGAUGGGACUGUCAUCUGCAUGGGGGAACAGCUGUACCAGGUGCCCGAGGCCCUCUUUGCGCCUGACCAGCUGGGCGUCCACAGUCCUGGGCUCUCGAAAAUGACUGCUAGCAGCAUCAUGAAGUGCGACACCGACAUCCAGAUGACCCUUUUUGCGGACAUUGUGCUGGCUGGGGGCACCACUCUAUUCCCUGGCUUUAUGGAACGCCUCUUGAAAGACCUGAAGCUGUUAGCUUCAGAGGGGACCACCAUCAAGAUCACAGCUUCUCCUACCAGGAGUUUCUCUGCGUGGAUUGGCGCAUCCAUUGCAACCUCUUUAAGCACUUUCAGGCAAAUGUGGGUCACCUCUGCCAAUUUCAAGGAAUUUGGGCCAUCAGUGGUCCAGAGAAGAUGCUUUUAGAGGACCCUGAGCACAGCAGAGGACAGCUGGAAGCCUUGAAGCACAAGGGCACCAAGGGCAAGUGAGGUCAUCCCUUAGCAUGAUCUUCAAUAAAGUGUUUUGCCCUUUCUGAGAAUGUUUCAUUCUUGGUGGCACCAGAAUAUUUUCUGACCCUGGUAGUGAAUCUUUAAGUGGUUCUAUUCCACCCUUCCCCUCCCAUGUGCCUCAAAAGUUGUCUUCUCUUGAGAAAUCCUUGGCUUGUGAGUUGAGCCUGCCCCCUGCAGUUUGUAGUCAAAGCAUCUGGGCCUCAUGCCCACCGGCUUGACUCAGCAGGGGUCCUGGAAUCUGCAUUGUGAAUGAGUGUAUUGGGUGGUUCCAACAGACCCAGUGUCCAGGAGGCAUAGUCAGCAGGGGGAGAGGGUCGGGAUGGGGGGUGGGAAUAGGAGUACAAGCAGGAAUGCUACCUUGUUUGUAGAGCUCAACAAACCCUUUAGCUGGGUGGAUCCUUACCACAAUAAGACUCUUGCUUUGCUUUUAUGUGAUUGGGCAUCUAAAUAGGUUGGAGCUACUGUACUUGGCUGACAAGGAGAGAUGGGCUCAGAAAUCACCAUUUGUUUAGGAUUCUCUAAGCUCAGUGUCCCUGCGCUCCAGUAGGAAAGUGUAUGAAGCAUCACCACCUCUAGUGAUUAUUAGUCUUUCUGUUUAUUUUAUUUUAUUUUCAAGGGUGUUUAUGGCAAUAUUAUAUGGGGUGUAAAAUACUGGAAAUAUUAUGUUACAAUAAAUUAUGCAUAGUGGGAAUUUUGCCACGUUGAUUUGUGGAGUAUCUUCAUAAUACUAUUGGGAGAGACACGCAAAAUGCAAAGAUGUCUGUAUAAUAUAAAUUUUUUUUCAGGGGUAAAGAAAACAAUGACACUUUCCCAUGUGUAGGCAUAUUUAUGCACAUGUGUGAGUACAUAUGAAAGUGAAGAUGUGUAUUUGUGGUUAUAAGCACAUUAAGAAAAGUAAAAGAAGAUACACACUGGUGGGUUUCCACAGGUUGGUGGGGGAAUUUGGAAUGAGAGGUAAUGCAGGUGCAAAGAAGAGAUGAAUAGGGAAGAAAAAAUAAAAUAAAAAAGAACUAGAUUAAAGAAAUUGAGCCUGAAUGAUUCUUUGUAGAUACAGGCAACCUCAUUCUAAAAUUUGUAUGGAAUGAUAUAUGAACUUGAAUAGCAAAAAUCAUUUUGGAAGAAGAUGUAUAUUGUUGUAGGGAAAGCACUUUCUGAUUUUAACACUUACUAUAAAGUUUUUUUUAUAAAGUUAUAGUGUUCUAGAGUAUGUGGUGUAGAGAAGACUUAGACAAAUAGAUCAGUGAAACACAAUAGAGAGCCAAGAAAUAGAACCACACAAGUAUGGCUUAUCUAUUUUUGACGAAGGUGCAAAAGUAAUUCAUUGGAGUAAGGAGAGUCUUUAUAACAAAUGGUGUUGAAAAUUGGACAUUCAUAUGCAAAGAAUUACCUCAACCUACACCUCUUACCUUAUACACAAGUUAACUGAAAAUGGAUCAUUAAUAUACUUGCAAUACAUAAUGCUAUAAAACCUUUAGAAGAAAACAUUGGAGACAGCCUUUGUGACUUAGGGUCAGUGACAAAUUCUUAGAUAUCUUACAAUGGAACAUUAUCGAAAUGAAAAACUUUUCUUCUGCAAAAGAACAUAUUAAAGGAAUAAAAAGACAAGACACACAUUGGAGAAAUUUUUACAAAUCACAAAAAGACUUGGGUGUAGAAUAUGUAAUAAAUUCUCUAAACUCAUCAGUUAGAAAACAUA